UACAUAUAUAUAUAUAUAUGAUGUAUUAUUUCAGAACUCGCGAAAAUGAAUAAUGUGAAUAAAUUAUUGGAUAAAUCUGAAAAACGAUCUUCUCGAAAAGCGAUCGUGAAAUGUAGAAUUUAAUUGCGAAGGAUCCCGCGAUUCAGCGCAUUUUUCCCGUUUUCGGGUGAACUCGCACAAAAAGGAGAGUGCAAAAACGCGCCGCUUUGUGCAUGGUUAUUUUUACGUCGGGAUCGCUAUAUUUUUGCUCGUAACGUUCUCAAAAUAGGAUCAGGAACGGCGGCACGCGUUGUUGUAUAUUUUCCGCGAAGAGCGGAGAAUGACAUAUGAGUUUUGAGGUUACUACGGAUGAGAGAUUCAUACGAUCAUCAGCCGAUUCGGGCGAAGAUCUCUGGAGCUUCUGCUUGCGGGAAUAAUAUAAUUUAUUUCUCCUCGACACGAGGACGAUGGACACCGCGUGCGAGAUAAUAGACGAUACGCAGCAGUCGCUGAUCAAGCGGAUUUAUUAUUCCGCCAGGGACGGGAUGCCGAUCGCUCUUUAUACCCUGCUGAGCGAUAAAUCCGACGCAGACGUCAACCAUCUGAUUAACCAGAAAGUUCUAGAAGAUGAUGGACAAAGAUGUACUCCUUUGAUAAUUGCCGCACGUUAUGGGCACAAUAAGGUAGUGAGAAUGUUACUUGACAAGUUUAAACCUGAUUUAGAGCAGGAAGGUACAGUCAAAUUUAAUGGAUACGUCAUUGAGGGAGCCAGCGCACUUUGGGCUGCGGCAGGUGCAGGACAUUUAAGUGUUCUUAAAACUCUCGUGAAAGCAGGCGCAAACAUUAAUCAUCCAACGAAAACCAAUUCUACACCACUUCGAGCUGCAUGUUUUAAUGGACGCUUGGAUAUUGUUAAGUAUUUGAUCGACCAUCAUGCGGAUAUAAAUAUUCCCAAUACAUUCAACAACACUUGCCUCAUGAUAGCGUCAUACAAAGGACAUCUUGAUAUUGUCAAUUUUUUAUUAGAUAAAGGAGCGGAUCCUAACAAGAAAGCAUUUUGUGGUGCAACAGCGUUGCAUUUUGCCGCCGAAUGCGGACACAGUAGCAUUGUUUGCGAAUUAUUGAAGUAUGGAACGAAAAUGACGAAGAAUGUGAGUGGUAUGACACCUUUAAUAACGGCUGCCGAACGGACGCGCGCGGAAGUCGUCGAAUAUUUAGUACAAAGAGAGGAAGUGACGAAGGAGGAAAUAAUAGAUGCUUACGAGCUACUCGGAGCGUCUUACGCUAAUGAUAAGGAUAAUUAUUGCCUAACUAAAGCGUAUAAGUACCUGUAUAAAGCGAUGGAGUUAAGGUAUAGUGAUAAUAAUAUUGUAUAUAAGCAACUAGGUCCAGUCGUAAAAGCAUAUGAGAAUUGGAGGGAAAGCGAGACACUCGAGAGAUUAGAAAGCAUUAAAGAUAAUCCCAACGCCAUACAUAUGGAAUCGCUCGUUAUUCGGGAAAGAAUUUUGGGUCUUCAUAAUCCAGAACUGCCACAUCCCAUAGUAUUUAGAGGCGCUAUAUUUGCGGACAAUGCCAGAUUUGACAGAUGCAUAGACUUAUGGUUGCAUGCUUUGAAACUGAGACAGCUCAACGAUAUAUCCAUUGUGACGGAUCUUCUUCGAUUCGCGCAAGUUUUCUCGCAAAUGAUACACGUAGGUGUCGAUCUAGAUUUCUCUCAAGUGAUAAACGUAUUGGAGGCGAGCAUAACGGAAUUGAAUAGAAACAAGACCAAAAUUCAAAGUCCAGAUUCCAAGGAUGACAUUGAUCAAUGCCUUGAAGAGAUGGAAUCGAAUAUCACAACGACUCUGUAUAUUUUAACGAUUUUGACGAAACUCAUGACGCUUAAUGGAAAUAGAUGCGACGAGUCGGAUUUGAGACAGGCGUAUCACUUGGUGCACAAAUUAUGCGCGUUACAGGUGUCCCUGAAAGACGGGCAGACCUUAUUGCAUCUUGCUGUGAAUGCCGAAACCCCUGUCGAUGAUUUUCAUACAAAUGAUGUCUGCAAAUUUCCGUGCGCAGCCACAGCAAAGUUACUAAUUCGUUGCGGAGCUAAUGUAAAUGCAAUGGAUAAUGAAAGAAACACGCCGCUCCAUGUCAUCGUUGGCUACAACAAAGCAAUCAGCGAUUUUGCGACCUUACAUUCAAUUAUAAUAGAUCUUAUAGAAGCCGGAGCACAUAUGGAUACUGUGAAUAACGGAGGACUCACGCCAUACGAUGUAGUUACUACGGGUGUAGCUAAAAUAAUAUUACGAACUCAGACCAAAUUAUCCUUAACGUGUAUGGCUGCCAAGGCAAUCAAGGCUUACAAUCUGCCUUAUUAUGGUAACGUUCCUCGUUCGCUGGAAAGUUUCAUUGAACUGCACGGACCCGGGCUGAAUCAGAGCUGACGAACCGUCUUCGUCACGAAGAAUCAAAGUCUUUUUGUGUAUAAAGUAUAUACAAUACUUUAAAUUAAUAUUCUUAUAUAAAGUACAGUUGAUUUUCUUCUAUUCUAUGAUUUUCCCUCAAUUUCUCUAUUUCUGACCUAAUAAUAACGCAAAAAUAAAGAUAUUUUUUAUAUUUCUCGUUUAUUUUCCUUAUUCGAUAACAAUGAGUAUAGAUUGUAAGAGAAUUCUAGAGAAAAGUAACCGACCUAUAAUUAAUACAAAGAAAAUCUGAGGAUAGAGAAAAUCGCAAACUAGAGAAAAUGGAUUAUAAUGCUAAAUAUCAAAAUUUUUCAAAUUUUCAAUUAUAUAUCUUAUAUACUGUAAUAGGAAAUGUCAGAUGUAAAAUUGGGAUUCUAAAGAUCUUGUGAAAGAUUCUUCCCCUCUCCUUAUUUCUCUCAUGUGGAAUUUAUAUAUACAUAUAUAUUUCAACUAUAAUUAUAUAUAUAUUUAUAAAAAUUAUGUGUAAUAUAUUAUUAAUAAGUUGAACAAGAAUGAUCACGAUUUAUAUGAAAACUGUCCUUUUACAAUACACCGAUACUAAUAAGUUUGGAAUUAUCUUUUUAUAUAAAUAUAUUAGAUUUUAAACUCGGUAAAUAGUUAAUAAUCAUAAUAAAAUAUUUGAAUAAGUAGCAGGCAUUUUAAAAUUUCAUUCUAUCUCAUUUUCACUAAUUUUAAAUUAUAUAUAUAAUAAUUGUAUAUAAAUUAUAAUAUAUAAUUAUUGGUAAAUCUAUAAAAUCAAACAACCUUUAAAAUUAUCAAUUCUUAUAUAUGCGAAUUUUAUAGAUUAAAUUCAAUUUACAUAUAUGCGUAUAUUAUAGCUUAUUUAAAAAAAUGCACAAGACAAUCUGAAAUAGGUAUAAAAUGUACAUUCGCAUGUGUGGUUGCCGUAUUAUAAAUUUAUUUAAUAUUUACACGCAUUCUAUGUAUACAACUGUGGAGAACACUAGGAAAAUAUAU